UUGGAAACAAGAUGGCGUCUUGUGUUGGCACCAGUUGAUGUGGGCUUUAGCUAACAAACUCGAAGAAAAUAAACAUUUCUGUGGCAAGAAAUAGGUCAACAAUCCUUCCACAGACAUCCCAGCAUGAGUAGUGAGAACCCAAACCCUCCCCCAUCGGAGGCUAGUGGGGAGCAGCAGGAGUGGACCCCCAACCCUGAGGUCAUGAAACAGCUGACAGCCAUGGGGAUAGAUCAGAAGGAUGCAGAAAAUGCACUGUUCUACACGGGCAACUCAUCAGCAGAAAUCGCACUGGCCUGGUUAUUUGACCCUGGACAGAGCUUAGAAGGAGAAGAACCACCUCCAUAUGAGGCUACAGGUACUCACACCAACCACUACAAGAUGGUGUUUGUUGUCAACACUGACCUGCAGAUGGGGGUGGGGAAGAUUGCUGCCCAGGUGGCCCAUGCCUGUCUGGAACUGUACCGCACUGUACAACGGAGCAGGCACACUGCCAUGCUGCUGCAGUAUGGAAGCACUCCAGGGGAGGGUGAGAUGAAGAUAGUUCUGAAGGGUGACAAUGUUGCACAGUUGGAAGAGUUGGCAUCAAAGGCUACAGCUCUAAACCUCCCCAAUUGUAUUAUUCAAGAUGCAGGAAGAACACAGAUACCUGCAGGAUCCAAGACAGUGCUUGGCAUCAUGGGUAAAGUGGAAACAGUAGAUCAGGUGACAGGACAGCUGGAGUUGCUGUGACCUUGACCUUGCUGGAGCUGUCCUUGGACUUGGGCCGAUUUCUUAUAAAUAUUUGCAUUAUAUAUAUUUUGCUUUUUAUGCUAUCAAGCACACUGAAAUAUGGAAGUGAACUAUUACUUUGUAUCAAGACUGCUGAAAAAGAAUUAAGUAAUACAUUUGGCCAGCUCUAUAAUCAUUACAAUCAUUAUGGCAGGAUAGAAGAAAUAUUAUUAAGUGUUCAAGUGAAACUAACAAAUAUGAUGUAAUUAACACAUAGACAGCAGCAGCAAGAAAAGGUGAUGUUCUCAAUACUAGGGUGAAAGAAACAACUACUUUAAAAAAAGCAAAGAAACCUGGAUGAGCAGUAACUCAACUUUGUAGGAGCUUUUUUUCUUGGGGGGAGACACUUUCAACUUGAUAUGUAACAAAUCAUAGAAAAAUUGUAAAAAAAUUGAUAUUGUUUGAGAUUAUUGCCGAAGGCAGUAUAUUUUAUUAUAGAUUAGUUUUUAGAUUCGCUCAAGAAAAUAUUAGCAUAUAGAUAUUGGUUAAAUAUUAUUUAGCUACAAUAAUUUUGGUUAUUCAUGGUUCAUUUUCAGUUUACUAAGUAUUGUUUGUAAAUUUAAAAGAUAGGUACAGAAUUGUACAAAUUUAUUAUUGAAGGCUUUCUUAAAUCAUUCUAGUUCAAGCAUAUAAUGCUGUGUAGACCUCAUCAUAUUGUACAUGUAAUAUUUAUGACAGUAAGAAUUAUUCCUUACCCUAUUGUAGAUCUCAAGAGCAGGUUUAUUAGUAGUAUCCAGUCUUUGAUUAUACUGCUGCGAGGUCCCUGGCACAGGGGUGGGCAGCUGUCAGCCAGUCUUCACGCCAUGUUUCCAUGUGUCUCUGUCCAGCAGGUCCACACUGGCAAGGCCACACUCUCUAAUGUGCCCUGUCUCCAUUCUAUUGACAAACAUAUUGUUGCAAAUACAAAUUGACUGCAAAAUAUGAGUUAGAUGAAGUACUACUGCUCCACAUGUAUUUUGAUCAUGUUUUGAUCAUCACUGGAGUCUACUUUAAAGUAUUGGGCUCUUUUUGUUUUAAUAGAUUUUAUUUGAUGAUUCUUCUAAAGAUCGGUAUUGCAACACCUAACACUACAAGAACUUUAUAUUUUGAUUCAUCCAUUUUAUAAACUAGAUUUUGUUGCAAAGCAACCACUGACUUGGUUACUUUGGAAUGUUGUGAGGACCUUUUAACACUUUAAACCAUGUCCUGCUGGACCUUUUUUACGUAAUCUAUCUUAUUAAUUUCGUAAAUUUUCUUCUGCCCUGCUGUUGCAUAGUUACUCCACAUUUGGUGCGUUUUGCUGCUGUGCGAUGCAUUCAUGUGAGAAAUAUUCCCAAACAUACAGGACCUGAAUACAGGUACAUGUAUAUGUGCAAAUGCAACCCAUAUAUAUAUGGGUCCAGCAGGACAAGGAGUAAGACACAACCUAACAAAGGUGCAAUGACUAAAACCUCACACCUUUGCUUAUAGCUUACUUGGUGUGGUACAUGGUUAUUAUCUUGGUGUUUGGCGAUGAUCUUGUCAGCAUUUCAUCUAUUAUUUAAAGAAAUGUCUUCUAGGAUGGGAUCAAGCAUAGCUUAUUGACAUAUAACUUAUUUUUCCAAUAGUAGUCACGAUGGGAAGUGAUGUAAAUCACCAACACUGACUAAAAACUUCGAAAUAGCUUAUACUGUAAGUAUAUAAGCAACUUUGUUCAUGUAUGGUUUAUUAAAGCUAAAAGGAGCUGU